UCUAUUGCAAAUGCUGGUCGAAUACUGCCUGGGAAAAAUCAAAGGCAGUUCAGUUUAUGGAAUAAAAUGAAGAUUUCGGAUUACCAUACCAGACCAGAGUAUCAAAGUCACGUCAUCCCGUGCAAAGGAUGAGGCGUUCAAGAGUUAAUAGCGCAUCAUUAGCAUCAGCAUCAAUCGCGGCCCACACGCUCUCACAGCUCCGUCAUCAUCCAGAGACUACGCAGAGCCUGAGACUGAGCCCCAGACGGAGCGAAACUUAUUUGCAGAGUCGGAGACACACGCUGGGACAGAGACAGAGUCUGAGUCUCAAUCUCAUUCGAUUGCUUGCCGUUGUCGCUGUGAUAGCAACACCGUGUCGUUGUGCGUUGGGCACAACAACGACAACAUCAACGUCUGUGAGCAUCCAGAAUAAUAAUAACAAGAACAAUACGGAAAGUAAUUUCUAUUUUGAUGAGAAUAAUACGACAAAAACAAUAACGUUCAUUCCUGGUGCGGACACGGUAGCCACAAUUCCGGACAUUGGCCAAAUGCCAGAUGCUGAGACAUUGCCAACGACGACGAUAACAAUUCGAUCCCAUGUUGGACAGAUUGGAGGACAACAGACAACGGGACGACCAUUGAUGAGAACCGAAACUAUUGGAAUUAUCAAUAAUAGUACAACACUUAAAAGUUAUAGCACUGGUUCAAUUGAUUUAUUGGCCACAUCGGCGGCAGCAACAACGACCAAAAGUGCCCGCAGUACCGUUAAACAACCCAACGACUCGACAAGGUCGCGAAAUCAUUGGACCUUUGGCGGGGCCGUCGAUGCCGAGCGUUCACGCACCUUUCGCAGCAAAUACCAUCAUGAGAACCACUAUGGACCCUUCUUUGAGGAGCCAUCGAAUCUAAUUGAUCCCGGCAAGACAUUGGUAGCCGCCGUACAUCUCUUCACGGAAGCCGUGCUCAAUUGUCGUGUCGGCAUGCUGAAGGAUAAAACCGUGAUGUGGGUCAGACGCACCACCGAGAAGGUAUCCCUUUUAACCGUCGGUAAUGUCACGUAUAGCGGUGAUCCACGGAUUCGUGUUAAAUUUCAAUAUCCCAACAAUUGGCGUCUGCUGAUUAAUCCGACCCAAAGGGAAGAUGCUGGCAUCUAUAUGUGUCAGGUUUCAACGCAUCCUCCGCGGGUAUUUACCACUAAUCUCACCAUAUUAGAGCCACCUUUAAGAAUAAUUGAUGAGCACGAACGUGAUGUCGGUGAUCGGUAUUACAAGUCUGGCAGCACUGUCGAUUUACAAUGCCAAAUCUCUCGGAAUUUCUUUCAAAAGGAACACUACAACAUCUUCAAAACUACCGAAUCGGGUAGCACUAGCACUAAACUGAAUGAUACGGAAAGCGGGCUGAAUCUGAAUUUAAUCAGCGAUGCUAAUCAAACACAUACAACAACAUUUUCCAGCCAGGAGCUAGAGAAAUACUUUAGUAACUUUAUUACCUGGGCCAAGGACGAGGAGCCGCUUCAAGCACUGACCAAUAGACGUUUUAGCGUAUCCGAUAAAUGGCUUACUAGCCGCAUUUCUAUUCCCGAUGCCAAACUCUCAGAUAGCGGAAAUUAUUCAUGUUCACUUGGUAGACUCUUUACGGUUAUUGUGCAAGUUCAAGUACUUACAGGGGAACUACCGGCUGCUGUUCAACACAAUUUGGCUCGUAGAUCUGUCAGCUGUUUGCUUUUAUCCUGGAGUCUCUUCAUCAUUGUGAUUUGCUUUUACAUUCUUAAGAAUCAUUCAUCGCAGUUUCAUUAUAUCAAAGUGUUGAGUGCUUGAUAAGGAAUUGCUAUCCAUAAAAAUACAUAUAUAACUUUCUAAUUAAAUGUCAUUCCACGCUGUGUAACUGCGCAAACAGUUCAACAUUGUCCAACAGAUCAGAUAUUCGUAUACAUAAAUCUAUUAAAGAAAAAAAAAAACAAGAAAAACAUAUACAUAUAUACAUAGGAUUUUCUAUAUCAAUUUACACGACUUACAUUCACAUUCUUCCUAAUAAAGUCUUGAUUAAAGUCGCAUAUUAUUUAAUUAUUUAGUAAUUCAGUAUAUCAGUUAAAGUACAAGUACUCCAAAAACAAA